CGACGAUUUUGAGCCAUUGAAUGUUUUGGGAUCUAGAGCAGGGAUUUAUAAGAUAGGGGCAAAUUACAUUUUAUUUAGCUUGCCUUCCACCAGAAUUUUCGUCUCUUUUAGAAAACAUUUUCUUGGCUCAGCUUUUUUAUUCUACCGACUAAAGUUUAUUUUUGUUUGUUAGCUAUUUUGGGGGACAAUUUGGGUUCAAAUUCAGUCUUGGGAUUCACCGAAAGUUUCAAUUCUGAUUUUUUUUGUCGGAUUUGUAUUGCACCUAAAGUAAAAAUGCAGACUGAUUGGAAGGUAUCGAAUUUUGUUAUUCGCUCCCAAGAAAAUUAUGAUUCAGAUUGUCAAAAUUGUUCACACGGCUUCAAAGAAUUUGCUGUAUGGAACGAACUAGAAAGUUUCAAUGUAAUUCAAAACUUUUCUUGUGACCUGAUGCAUGAUAUGCUUUUGGGAGUUCUUCGUUACGAUAUGGCUUUUAUUAUUAAUUAUUUAAUUAAAUCCAAAUAUUUUACUUUGGACCGACUUAAUGACAAAAUAAAAUUUCUUGAGUUUUCGAAAGCAGACGCAGGAAGUGCUAUGCCUCAAAUUAAACAGGAACAUAUGAAGAAAAAAAUUAUCAUCAUAAGUGCAUCUGAGAUGAUGUCUCUUAUACUUUACUUUGGUAUACUUGUAGGGGAUCUUGUGCCUGAAGACGAUAAUGUUUGGAAAUUGUAUUCUCUCACUACACAUAUUUUAGAAAAUUUGCUAGCAAGAUCUUUUACAAAAUUAUCAAUCAUGUAUUCACAAAGUUUGAUAGAGGAACAUCACGAAUUAACAUCAGUAUUAUUUCAAGAACAUUUGAGACCAAAAUAUUAUUUUCUUCUUCACUAUCCGUUAAUUAUAACAUUGCUUGGGCCACCUAGAUAUUUCUGGUCGAUGAGAUACGAAUCUUUUCAUGAACUUUUGAAAAAUACAGCAAAUUCUGUUACCUGUAGGGGGAAUUUAUUAUUGACUUUAUCAAUAAAGCAGCAAUUAAGGGUGUCAGGGCGAAUUUUAAGCAAAAAGGGUCUGACUUUACCUUCAAACCAUGGUCUACGUCGUUCAAUGAGUAAAAGCUUGCUUCUUGGUAUUUCCUAUCCAUUCACAGAAAACGCAAAAGAGGUUCAAUGGAUUUGUGUUGAAAAUAUUCACUAUAGAGUUGGCUUUGCAUUGCAACUUUCUACACCUGAUAUGGUUCCCCGAUUUGGCAUCAUACAGUAUAUUGUCUUGGAUGAGAAUAACUAUUAUUUUGUGAUAUUUGAUAUAAAUACGGUUGGCUUCUCUAGCCAUUUACAGUGUUAUGUGAUAGCUCGGGGAAGUCAAGUAGUAUUAGAAGUACAUCCUCUCAACUCUCUAGAACAUAAAUAUUUUCAUAAUAUUCAUUAUGCUCCCAGUGGAAUAAUGGCUAUCUAUACAACAAAAUGAGAAAUUAAUUUCUGAAAACUGAUAAGAAUUCGAAACCUGCAU